AUGCUCGCCAAUGCUGCCGACGAGUUUGCGACAGCCGACGCUGCUGCAACACCAGAGCUCCCUCCUCUCGCACGGAAAGUUACCCUGCAAGAGGCUAAUGCUGAUAUCUAUUCAGCUGAGGAAUCGGCUAGCGCUGAAUCCUCUGAUCAGGAACCAGUCCUCUCCAAUCGGACUCUCGUGAAUGUGCUAACGAACUCCAAGAGUUUCAAUUCCAGCCGCAUUCCGAUGUACAAAGGUUUUGCUGAUCCCCGCUCUGUCGAAGAAUUCCUUCGUCAGUGCAACCGCGAAUUAAUCGCUCAAGAGAUCCCAACUCGCAAAUGGGUGAAAAGCAUCACGCCGUUGUUCACCAACGAAGUGAUGGUGGUGGUAGAACGUAAGUACGGAAAGAGUCUCGAGGCCAUCAACAAGCUUAAAUGGGAUGAAUUUUCAACUCAUCUAAGUUCGUGUCUAGCCCCAAUGCGGCAAGCCAAGAACUAUCAGACUCAGCUUGAUCAGCUCAAGCAGCAGCCCAACGGAAUCCACUUGGGCGUACCUGACUCGCGCCACGACACUGUUCGCAACGCUCGAAUCGCAGUCACUUUCAUCACAGCUCUUCUGGACGAUGGUGAACCGCUAACAGUGUCUAAGCAGCCUAACAAUUCAGCUGCUGCUAACGCUGCGCAGACCUCUUCGCACACUAAGGCCAAAGCUAACGGUGGGCAGAACAAGAAGAAGUCCAACGGUAAAGAAAACCAGCGCAAGCAGAAGUCCAUCCGUUGUUUUUACUGUCAAGAACCGGGUCACAUCAAGCCGGACUGCGAGCAGUAUAAGCGCGAAGUCGCCCUCCAGCAGGAGCGCCAUGAGAAACUCAUGGCAACCCAGCACGAACAGCAUGUUCAGCUUUUAGCUGCUCUUCAACCGCUCGCAUCGCGCGCGGGAAACGAGUAG